AUGGCCGCGGCAUCAGCGAGCGCGGGCUGGGCGCAGCUACGGCAGCAAGCGAGGUCGUUGGAGACCCAGACGGAGAACUUGUUCCAUACGUAUUCGCAGUUCUCGUCGGCCGCCAACAUCCCCCCCAAGCCGUCCGGGGAGGAGCGCAGCACGGAAGCCAAGAUUGAGGAAUUGCUAGACAAGGCAAGUCUCGAUGCAGCCAGCCCCCGCGACUCGACAAUCUCCCAACUAGCGCGGCUUCUCGACUCGGAAACCACGCUCACUUCAUCGGCCCUCAAGCAGAACAACCUGUCGCUGCUCCGCGAGAAGCUGGCUGCUCACAGACGCGACCUCGACCGACUGCGCGGCGCGCUCCGGCAGGCCCGUGACCGAGCCAACCUCCUCACAAAUGUCCAGUCUGACAUUGACAACUUUCGCGCCAACAACCCCGAGACCGCCGAGGCGGAGUACAUGCUCGAGGAGCGGAGCCGCAUCGACAACAGCCACAGCAUGGCGGACAGUGUGCUGAGCCAGGCGUACGCCGUGCGGGAGAACUUUCUCCUGCAGCGCGAGUCGCUGGCCAAUAUCAACCGGCGAAUCACCAUGGCUGCGAGCAAAGUGCCUGGCAUCAACGGGCUGAUCACCAGGAUAUCGGCAAGGAGGAGGAGGGAUGGCAUCAUCAUGGGGAGCUUCAUUGCGUUCUGCUUUCUGCUCUUCUUUUGGUUCUCAUGA